CGACAAGGAACUUAUAGGCCGGAACCAUAAGCAACCAUUUGCAACAAUUCCAAGACGAGACGGCUUUAUGGUCACACCACGCAGGAAGUCUUGAUCACGCUGUAAAUAUUCAAAACCGUUACUGGUAUAUGUAAAGUGUAAUUUGUAACAAUAACGAUUUAGUUAAAAAAAAAAGAAAGAAAGAAAGAAAACAUGCACGGGCUUAGUCAUAAAGGAGGAGAUCCUCCACUUCCCCUCACUUCCUUGCGCCUCCUGGUCCCACCACUUCGACUGGCCUCGGCCGCAAUCUGGCAGACCGUCCGGCACAACGUCGUGACUGAUUACGGAUUGCUUGAGGAGUUCAUCAGCAUGACCACCGAGAUCGUUCCAGACCUCCUGGAUCCCUGCCAGAGAGCUCUGCUGCUCCUAGGCCUUCGAGCGAGGGUUGUUUUGGAGCUUUGUCACUCGGAGCCCAUCGCCGACCUGCGCACAAUCCAGCCGCAUCUGGACAGGAUCCAGACCCUCAUGGCAAGCUGGGGCAAAGAGGUCACGAGUGCAGAGGAGCAGUUGCCCAAAUCAAGCCUCUUAGGAUUGAUUCCGAUCUUGUUGAAAGAGCAAGAUCAAAAAAGCCGGUGCUUCUUUCAGGAUGUUUUUCCCGUGGAGGUUCGGCUCAAGUAUGACAGCGCUCUACAAACGCUUGUGUGGCACUUCUUAUCAAGGCUUGAGAAGCUGCUGCAAGUGCCGCAACUCCGGGAGGUUGCCUCCCUUCUCAGUGAUGUUCCUUCUGUUCUGGAGGAAUGUUUUGUGUCUGUCUCUGAUCUUCAGGAGCUUAAGUCCCUGUUGUUGUAUCAAAAAAACGUCAGCCAGUUGGAGGACAAUGAUGUCGAUUUUUCCUCUUGUGGUGACUGCAUCCUAAGAGCUCUCAGUUUUCCUCAUAUGGAGGAAAUUGUGACUGUGAAUGAGCCGACAGCAACAGGAGAACAUGUAGGGCCCGUCAGUGAUGAGUUCACUGAUGGACGUAGCUGUGAUGCAGCGGUGACUGCGGGACUGAGAAUAUGCAUUGGUGAUGUAGAGCAAAUACAGCAAAGCAGAACAGAAGGACAUGCGGAAACCAGCAAACAACCAGUUCACAUUGAUGACACAGCUGAAAAUGUUGAUACGUUUUUUGACACUGCAGAAAACAGUGAGGACACCGACCCCGUGACCAGUGAGCAGGAUACUAUUAAGGAAAGGGACCUAAAUAAUGUAAAUUCUACUGAAGACACUAGAUCCAGUGACAUUGAAAGUGAAGAUGCUGGAGAAAAGGUGGAAGUCUGCAAAACACCGAUAGUUGUCGGGGAGGACAAAAUUGCAGAACCUUUUGGACUGAUGGCAAGUAAUGUAAAGGACUUAAGAAAUAAAUCUGAAGAUGAUGACACAGCUAAAUCCAAACAGCAACAGAAGAACCAGGAUGUAACUAGUAUGCCUACAUUGUUGCUGUUCAGAUCAGAGAGACCAAACAGGGGUUUGAAGAUGAAGACAUUCCUAGCUCAAGGAAGGAAACCAGUCAAAAUGCAUCUUCUUGACAGCGUAAACAGUCGACCUUUAAGUCUCGCUUCAGAUGCUGAACAACGUCAGUGUGCUCGCGCAAAGCAGCAGACAUACCCGUGUCACAGAUGUGGGAAAUAUUUGCAAAGUCAUUUGAAAUUGAAGAGACACGUGCGCAGCUUUUGCAGCGACGUGGGGAGGAAAAGCACAGUAUUCAAAUGCACCGUAUGUGGCAAGACUUUUCCUCGUGCUGCGCAAGUAAAGUGCCACAUGAUAUCGCACUCCAGUGAGCGUCCCUAUCAUUGCAGCAAUUGUGAGAGGUCUUUUAAGCACUUAAGCAGCAUGAAGGCUCAUGAAGAAGCGUGUAAAUAUGCCAGCCAGCAGCAGGGGGAGCUUUCCUCUAGAGGACAUGGUAGCACUACAGCAGACAAUACCUCAGAUCCACACCAGUUACUGUUGUCUACAAAAUGCUUGCAGGGUGAUAAUUUGAAGGCUGUCCAUCAUGAUGCAGAAACCUCUGACCCUUUUAACCGCAUCUUCCAGGUUUUGCCACAACCCAACAUGAAUGUUGAUGCACAGGAACGGGAAGCUGAGACACUUCUUGGUUCUCUCGCACAGUCAGCAUGCACUGAGGCAAUACGGAGCUCUGAGGAAAUAGCACAACAUAAAAUGACUCACUCAAGUGAUGUUAUCUAUAAUUGCGGCAACUGCCAGAAGACUUACAAGUAUUUCAGAAACUUUCAGAAACACAAGGACUUAUGUGAGAAAGAUACCAAUCAGAAUUGGGAAGAAAAUGAACCCGAGGCUGCUCAUGAAACAAUUGAAAAAUGGUCAUCUGAAAAAGGAGAAAGUGUCAGUGGUGUUCCCAUUAAGGCAUCUUCUACAAGCCAGUUGUCGCCAAGUGGGACCAAACUGGAAAGCAGUGAGUUGAAGAACACGGUGGAUGGAAAAGCAUGGCACUCAAGGCGCCCUCUGAACGAGAACCUGCUGUCUUCUCCCCACUGUGGCAUCACAUGUGAGACCAGAGGUGGACGGAUGUGUCACGUGAGACAGAUCCGCAAGGUGCGCUCGGUCAAGCACGAUGAGUCACCGAAGCGAGUCGGGAUCAAGAAAAGCUGCAAAUGUGAAGAAUGCGGGAAAGAGUUUGGGCUCAGAUCGACGCUGAGAGCUCACAAACUCACCCACAACUCGCUUUACUGUGCUGCGUGUGGAAAAGUUUGCCCAGAUGCUAAAACGCUGCAUGCCCACAGUGUCACGCACAGGCCGGUCAGGUGCACCAUGUGCGACAAGAGUUUCAACGUGGUACGCUUUCUCAUCAAACACUAUCUGGAUGCCCAUCGUUUCAGUGGACCGUUUGUUUGCGCACACUGCCGCAAAAGUUACAGUGAGUUAGGCGCUCUCAUCAGACACGAGCGGACACACACGGGGGAUCUUCCGUUCUGCUGUGCCAAGUGUCCCAAGAGAUUCAACCGACAUGUAGACCUCGUUUACCAUGACAGGAAACACACAGGAGAGAAACGGUUCCUUUGCUGGGAGUGUGGUCGGGCGUUUAGCACCAAUGAAAUCCUGAAAAAGCACAUGGAGCGCCACUCAGGCCAACACACACACUUCUCUUGCCCCCAGUGUAAGAGAACCUUCUGGACAAGAAAGGCAGUGGAUGCUCAUGUUCAGAUACACCACAAAGGGAUGCGGUUCCCUUGUUCACAUUGCGGUAAGCUGUUCCUGAGUCGGUCCGCGUUACGGAGACACGACCUAAUCCACACCGGGGAAAAGCCUUUUGUCUGCACCUACCAAGAUUGUGCCAAGAGUUUCAGGUCAGGUGCUGAGCUGAGGAUCCAUACCAGGUAUCACACGGGAGAGCGGCCUUUCAAGUGCCAGAUCUGUGAGAAAGGCUUUGUUCAAGCGCACUACCUAACCAUUCACUUGAGGAGUCACACACAGGAGAGGCCCUAUGCGUGUCCCAACUGUGAGAGGCGAUUCACCACAUGCCACCAGCUCAACAGACACAAGCUGGUCCACACCGGGGAGAAACCCUUCAGGUGUGAGGUCUGUGAUGAAGGAUUCAGUCGCAGACACCGCCUCAAAGCUCAUCAGGACAAAUAUCACAAAUGAGAAAAGUGUCAUGUUUCAGUGACAAUAAAGGAGCGUAAUGAACAUUUCAGGACAAUAAUGUAGAUUCAGUGGCAACAUUGUAAGGGAACUUUGGUAUUAGUUUCUGACCUGUUUUGGACAUUUCAGAGGGACAGUAUUAAAGAGCAUGGUACAUUUCACAAAUACCAUGUGUCUCAAGGCUUCUGAGUGGCCUACUUGUCUGACAGGAUGCAUGGAAUGAAAAAUAUGUAACUAAGAAAAGUUAGGCUCAGGCCAUCAUGUAUCUAAACAAGCUUAACAAGGUUCACCUUGAUUUACCUCAUUUCUUCUCAAAUUAAAACACUAUCAGCCUCGAGCCAGUAUUUUUUGUAUUGACUGUUAAAAAAAAAAAAAAAAAACAUGAUUAAUCCCAAAAAUGCACAACCUUAUACCCUGUUCCUGUUCGCCUCUACAAGCAGCUCAUAUCACUGCCACUACAUUAUAGCAGUGUUUAUUCAUAGGUUAUAUGUUUGUGACAGUAGUGUCCAGUGUGCAAAAGUCUCAGGAGGAACUAUAUACCUUACCCCUCUGGUUAAUUUGUUCUUUUUUGGCCGAGACACGAUUAUGUUCCAAAAUAUCAACAAAGCUGUUUUCAGAAUACAAAACGAUUGAUAGCAUUUCAUUUAUAAAAGUGUAAUAAUGUCAUUCAUAUCAUUUUAUGAGUGAAAAAACUGUCUGUUGUUAUGUGGAGGAGCCAAGGCUCACAUUGGCGCAUUCUGGUGGUGAUAAAUCCACCUUGGGAACAACAGACAUGGCAUUGCAUCGCAGCUUCGGUCCUGCACUUCCAGUUAACGCUGGACAUGCAUGUUCUUCCUGCAUAUGUUCACUUCAUUUUAACCACAGCACUGAUACAAAUGUUUCUCAUAAAAUCUUUAUUUGUGGUGGCAACAUCAUGCAAAAGCUCCGCUAAGACAAAAAGAAAAAAAAAAAAAAAAAAAAAAAAAAAGAAAAAAUAACUGGAAUGAUCUGCAUGAAAAAAUAAACAAAGGCAGAUAUGUCUGGAUUACUGUUUUUGACUCUGAUGUAACAAUGUCCAUAGGAUUAUGCUCAUUUCCAACAACACGGUUUUCUGAGCUUAUAAUUAUGCACAUCAUGUAGGCAAUUCUAUGGACAUUGUUCAUUGGAAACUGGAAAAAAAAAAAAAAAAAAAAAAAAAAAAAAAA